UCCCAUUAGCGCUGGCUGCAUCGGCACAUGCUCAGUUAUGCUUGUUGAAGCGGAUCUCAGUAGGCUGCGCGUGAACACUGAGGUCAUCGCCUGCACUAAGGAAAAAAUACUCAACGCAGCCUCCAUUUUGGGUAGUAUGAAAUAGACGAAAGCGUAGUUUUGAGCCGCCGCAGCAAACAAACUCUAAACACUAGUGAAACGGUCUCUCCCAUGGACGACUUGUUCAGUCCGCGAAGCAAAGAAAUGAUUUAUGUGUAUAUACAUAAACUGGAAGAGCAAGCCUCCGUUUAUAUAACCUCUGGAGGGAAUGGAGCAGUCGGACGUUGAUUGGCUUGUUCCGCUAUGUGGGCGGGAUUUGGAUCGAUCAUCGCGUCUGCUGAUAGGCAAAUCACCUUUGAUGAUGAACACUGAAAGGAGGCGAUUUAAAUGGGUGGAAAACAGUGACAUGAAACUGUUCGGAUGACAGGGCGUGAAGUUUUCAAACUAAGCAGCUGAACAGCACACAAGGAGAGAUUCGGGUAGGACCAAGUCACCAGGCGAAGCUACCUGAAUUACUACCCCCAACUGCCCUGGUAACUGACUCACAGAUCACAGAUAAUGAGGAGCUGGUGUGGGCGCCUGGGGUCAAUGACUGUGACCUUCUCAUGUACUUGCGGGCUGCCAGGAGCAUGGCAGCUUUUGCAGGGAUGUGUGAUGGAGGUUCAACAGAGGAUGGUUGCCUUGCAGCUUCACGGGAUGAUACCACUUUGAAUGCUUUAAAUACGCUUCAUGAAAGUCAGUAUGAUGCAGCGAAAGCCCUGCAGUGUCUGGUGAAGAAACCAGUUCCAAAACUCAUCGAGAAAUGCUGGUCAGAAGAUGAAGUGAAACGGUUUAUCAAAGGCCUCAGACAGUAUGGCAAAAACUUCUUUAAGAUCCACAAGGAGCUUCUACCUAGUAAGAAGACGGGUGAGCUGAUCACAUUCUACUAUUACUGGAAGAAAACUCCUGAGGCUGUGGGUUCACGACCUCAUCGCCAGCAGCGAAGGCAGCCGGUGUCCCGCAAAGUCAAAACUCACAACACAACCGCUGCGGUCAAUGCAGCAUCACGUACUUCCUCAGUGGAGCUGAGUUCAGCCAGUGAAGAUGAUCUGGACAGUGAAGAUAGUGAGCUGGGAGGCAAAGGUCAAGCCUGCAGUCACUGUCUAACCACUAACUCCAAGGACUGGUAUCAUGGAGGGCGAGACAAUGUCUUGCUAUGCUCUAGUUGCCAUUCUCACUUCAAUAAGCACAGACGUCUGCCGCCUGUUCCCAAACCAGCUGAUCCGCCCUACCUCUUCAAACCUGUCAAAGAUGAGGAAGAGGGGCUUGGAGUCAGACAUGGGAUGAAGACCCGUCGAAGCCUUGUGCCGCCACAUAUGUCAUCUCUUCGAAGUGGGCGCAACAGGCCAACAGGAAGCCCGGACACGGGCAUAUCUCCCACCCCGGAAGAUGUGCGAUCUAAUGGACAGUCCCCCAGAGCCAGUUCUAGUGCUAUGGCAACCAGGGCUUCCAGCUCUGAUAACAAGAACGGAGUGGCUGGGAAGACCAACAAGCUUCAGAAGAUGAAAGUCGAGGUGUCUGUAGUAAAGGUUGUGAAGAGACAGAGAGAGGCUGCUGCCCCAGAUGCCGAUGAGCCAGAAAGAAAAAACAUUAAGCAAACCAAGAAUCAGGAGGGUCCCGACUCCCCAUCAGAAGGUGAGGGUGAAGGUGAGAGCUCAGAUAGCCGCAGUGCCAAUGAUGACGGCAGCAGUGACUCUAAAGACAUCGAUCAGGACAACCGCAGCUCUUCCCCAAGCCUGGCCAGUCCCCUGCAGGCCAACGAGAGUGAUUCAGACUCUCCAGCACUGCCCCCUAUAUCUGGUCCAGCCCCCCAAACCCAGCCCCAGCAGUCUAUUUCUACCCCAACAACAGAUGCCCCCAUUCAAACACCACCACCUCAGCCCUCUGUGCCUGCAUCCUUAUCUGCACCUUCUCCUGGAGCUUCUACCACGCCCUCAAAGGCAGCAUCUUCUGUGGAUCUUUCUCAGGAAGUUCCAUCUCUAAGCACUAUCAGAAGUGGUCCCAGAGGCCCUGAAGCUCCCUCCUCUUAUUCAAGUUCUUCGACUUGGCAUGUUCAGGGUCCAGGUCAGGGGCAGUUUUUCCCUGCGCCAUCUCAUCAUCAGCACCAUCCAGGCCAAAUGCAGAAUCCUUCAACUGGGGCUAGUCAGCCACCAUGCUUUGCUUCCAGGCCACCACAUAUUAAAAGAGAGAAUCCACUCCCUCCUGUUCCCCCUACAGCAGCAUCCCAAAUCAAACCACCUCCAACCACACCAAUUCCAUCUUCUCACAUGCAGCCACCUCACCUUCCUGCUCCACCACCCCAUUUUCUCCAGAUCCACCCCAAUCUGCCUCCACCUCCUGCUCUGAAACCUCUCACCUCUUUGCCCUCACAACAUUUGCCUUGCUCCCAGCCUCCUCCACUGCACAUGAUUCCACAAAACCACUCCUCUCAGCCAACCCCUCGGACUCAGCCUCAGAGCCAGCAGGUUAAAGGUCAUCCAAAUGGUGCCCCUCCUGCUGCAGCUAGUUCUCACCCACCUCUACCCCAAAAUCGGCCUGCCCCCGAGUCCACUGCUCCAUUCUCUCUUUACUCCUCUCCAGUUCCUGUCCCUACUCAUCAGCCCUCCAUGUCCUCCUUAGCAAGCGCUCCUGUUGGACAGGCUCAAAUCAAAGAAGAGCCAAUUGAUGAAGAGGAGGAGUGUGAAAGCCCGCCACCUCCUCGCAGAUGUCCCUCUCCAGAAUCAACAGUCGUUGACAUACCCAGCCAUGCAAGCCAGUCAGCAAGAUUCAUUAAACGCCUCAACCGAGGCUACAACUCCUGCUCUCGCACAGAUCUAUGCUUCACUCCUUUGGCCUCCUCGAAACUGGCCAAAAAACGAGAGGAAACUGCCGAAAGAUCCAGGAGAGAGGCAGAACUGAGCGCUCGACAGGGACGGGAAAGAAAAAGAGAGUGUGAAAGGGAGAGAGAAAGGGAACGAGAGAGGGAGAGGGACUCUGAUAAAAAUUCACAUGCUUCAAGCUUAUCCCACGAUGGUCGCAUGAGCAAUCACCUGCUUGCUGCCCAUGUGCAACCAUCAUUUGAAGCCCCUCCCCCCACAACCAUGGCCGCUGUUCCACCAUAUCUUGGACCUGACACCCCAGCCCUCCGUACACUCAGCGAGUAUGCCCGCCCCCAUGUCAUGUCACCCUCCAAUCGCAACCAUCCUUUCUUCAUGCCUCUUGGGCCAGGUGAGCACCUGCUAGCCUAUCACAUGCCGGGUCUCUAUGCAGCAGACCCUGCCCUCCGGGAGCGAGAGCUUCGUGAUUUGAGAGAGAGAGAGAUCCGAGAAAGAAUGAAGCCCGGAUUUGAGGUCAAGCCACCAGAGCUGGAGAACCCUCUCCAUACAUCAGCUAAUCCUAUGGAGCAUUUUGCCCGCCACGGUGCACUGCCUUUGCCUCAUGUGGCUGGGCCACACCCCUUCGCCCAGUUCCACCCAGCUAUGGAGCGCAAUGUGGCAGCACCUCCCCGGCCGGAGAUAACCUAUGCUGAGCGACUGACGGCUGAGCGACUCCAUGCUGAAAGAAUGGCAUCUGUUGCCACCGGUGACCCUGUUGCACGUCUACAGAUGCUCAAUGUUACACCACACCACCACCAGCACUCACACAUACACUCCCACCUUCAUCUGCACCAACAGGAUCCACUCAACCAAGGCUCAGGGCCUCAUCCUCUGGACCAACUGGCUGCUGGCCCCCCUCUGGCUCGAUUCCCUUACUCUCCUGGUGCCAUUCCUAACCCCCUACUGAGUGAGUUACCCCAUGAGCACGAUAUGCUUCGCCACCCUCUGUUUGGGGUACCCUUCGCCAGGGACUUACCAGGACCUCUAGCUCCCAUGUCAGCUGCACAUCAGUUACAGGCGAUGCAGGCGCAGUCAGCAGAGCUGCAGAGGCUUGCACUGGAACAGCAGUGGCUACAUGGACAUGCACACUUGCAUAGUGCUCCUCUUCCAAGCCAAGAAGACUACUACAGUCGUCUGAAGAAAGAGGGAGACAAGCAGUCCUGAAAUGAAUGACACCUACACUGUGGACUACAGAGUAAAUUCUGUUUUCAAGUUUUCUGCACUUAUUGACUCCUUUGUGCUAUGUGAAAUAACUAGUCUUUUCAAGCACAUUGAAUUUGCUUUCCUUGCAUGAACACUACUUCGAAAUGGUUUUUGUCAGAAAGGAAAAUCCCAUGUAAUGUUGUUACUGCGCAAAAAGCACAGUACUGUAGAUUUUUAGUAUUUGAUAAGUACUGUCCAACAUCCAGAGUUUAUCACAAUUUAGUUUCAAAGUUUAUUGACAUAUUCGUUCAAAGAUUGUAAAUAUUAUAUGUUUAAAAUAAUAUAUUAGCUGUUAACAUUAAAAGUUGAUAUGAUAGAUUUGGAUACAAAAACUUCAAAUGACCUGUGUGCAAAAAUGCAUGCUUUACAUACCCAAACAGCCUCUUUUCAUCUAUACCUCAGAGCACUUAUCAAUAUAUAACAGCUGUAAACUCCACCUUAUCACCUACCUAAUAGUGUUGAUCUUUUUCUCUACAACACCUGUAGACUUAUAAGGGUAUUGUUUAUAAAAUACCUAAUGGCAUAUAUAUUGAUAUCCUCACUUUCAUCUAAAUUUGAAAUGUUAACUCCCCUACAAGCAUGUGCACGUGGUAGCCAAUUUAACAACCUGGCUACUGUAUAUGUAAGUGGUGACAAGGUAACAUUUUCAUAAUCAGGCUGGUUAGGAAAGAGCACAGCAUAACCACAGUAAACUGAAAUUAACUUAAACAAAACACAGAGCAAUUUUGUGACAGUUUAAUGAUUUACAAGUGGUAUUUUUGGGCACUACUCCUAAUUGUUAAAAUAUCAAUAUUAAACAUGAAAUGUUGUGCCAUUGUUUUGUUUAAGGGACGUGAGUGUUCAACAGUUUUUCUGGGACUGAAUAUGUUAAACUUUGAUGGUUACUUUUUUCAAAACUGCCAAAAUGUCAUUAUUGCUUCAAAUAAACACUAAACAUUUAUACUUGCAUUUUAUGAGCUAUAUGGAUAUUUUAAUGGGAAAAGUAUUCUCAUUUUUAAUAUCCAUGUUUAUGUGUAUACAUGUCUUUAUAUGCAUAGUGUUGUUUUGUUGCAAGUAGGUGAGAUUUUUCAGAACUAAAUCGUCAUUUUGAUAGAUUAUUAUUAUAAAUAGCUUGCACCAUAAUUAUUUUUCAUACACCUCAGUACAUUAAUGAACUCGUCAUACCAACAGCAGCAGUCAUUAACUGUGAGAUCAUUUCAUUUUCUGGCUGUUUCAUAAAUACUUGCUCUUAUUACACUGAUGUUUGUCUCUCCUUUACAACUUGUGUGUAAUAGAAAUCAUUUACAAUUCAGCAGUCAUACUUAUGUCACUUUCUGAUACCUCCUUCACUUCCAAGUAUAUUUUAUGUGCAAACUAUAUUCUUUAUGAAAUGUGCUAAAAUCUGUUCCUUCUCUGAACUUUUUUUUAAGCUUUGGUAGCGAGAUGUUUUUGCAUUUAAUUAGUAUAUCCAGAGUGAUUUUCAUUGAAAAGCUUAUUUUAUAUGUACACCAAAAAUGUAUUUCUAUGUGAAUUACAUAAAUAUGUAUAGCGAUGGACGAUGGAACGUCCGAUGGAACGUAGCGAUGGAAAUAUUGCGAUGGACUGGCGACCUGUCCAGGGUGUCCCCCGCCUUUCGCCCAAUGUUAGCUGGGAUAGGCUCCAGCUCCCCGCGACCCUGUACACAGGAUAAGCGGUUGACGAUGGAUGGAUGGAUGGAUGGAUGUAUAGCACAGCUUUGGUCCUAAAAAAAAAAACAAUAAGCAUAACCUACCAGUUGUCUUUUCUGGUCCAUAUCAACCUAAUAUCUAAAGCAAUAUAUGUCUUCUAACUGAACAACAUUUGUAUGGGGAAAAAUAGUAUUGUUACAUUCUAUGCUUUUCUUUAACAAAAUUGUCCUUUUGAUAAGUUAUUUAUUGAUUGAACACCUAUUUUGUAACAUGAAUAUGUUAAACUUGAAAAUAUUAGACUGUUUGGAAAUAUGAAGUACGACCUAAUGUGUAUUUACUAAAGAGUGGUGUGAAUUUGUGCAAAAUGUAUCCUUUCCUGUACACUGGCCCAUUUGUGAGAAAUCCUCCGAAAUAAUACAAGAUUUUUAUGGUUCAUCCUCAGUUACUCCUUUUAUGUAUCGCCGCAAGUACUGGGUAGCUGAUAUUGUGUUCACAUUUGCCAGAAGAGCUGAGAAUUAAUAGAGGGAAAAAGGAUGUUAAUUCUGUGUGCUCAUAUUAUCUGAAUAAAUUGUCUA